GCUAUGCAGUCCCCGGCGGUGCUCGUCACUUCCAGGCGAGUGCAGAAUGUCCACACAGGCCUUGACCUGACAGUGCCCCAGCACCAGGAGGUGCGGGGCAGGAUGAUGUCCGGCCACGUGGAGUACCAGAUCCUGGUGGUGACCCGGCUGGCCGCAUUCAAGUCAGCCAAGCACAAGCCCGACGAUGUCGUCCAGUUCUUGGUCUCCAAAAAGUACAGCGAGAUUGAGGAGUUUUACCAGAAACUGAGCAGUCGUUAUGCAACAGCCAGCCUCCCCCCGCUCCCCAGGAAGGUCCUGUUUGUUGGGGAGUCUGACAUCCGGGAAAGGAGAGCCGUGUUCAAUGACAUUCUGCGCUGUGUCUCCAAGGAUGCCGAGUUGGCAGGCAGCCCAGAGCUGCUAGAAUUCUUAGGCACCAGAUCCCCAGGGGCUGCAGGUCUCACCAACAGAGAUUCCUCUGUCCUGGGUGACACACACAGCCAGGCAGGGGGCGAUGAGGAGGCUUUUGACUUCUUUGAGCAGCAAGACCGAGUGGCGGGCGAGAGUCCGCCCACCCUGGGCCUGAAGGACAAAGAUGUAGAGAAGUCCUUGGAGGAGGAGGAGGAGGAGGAGGAGGAGGUGCUGGAUCCUCUGGGCAUCAUGCGCUCCAAGAAGCCCAAGCAACAGCCUAAAGUGGCCGUGAAGCCCAGGCCCUCGCCGCGGCUCACCAUCUUUGACGAGGAGGUGGACCCUGACGAGAAGCUAUUUGGCCCGGGCAGGAAGCUCUCCCCACAGGGCCCCGCACAGGAUGCGCCUCCCACAGACCCCCUGAAGCUGUUUGAUGAUCCUGACCUUGGCGGCGCCAUCCCCCUGGGUGACUCCUUACUGCUGCUGCCAGCCCCCCGUGAGAGUGGAGGGCCCACAUCCAGCUCGGGCCACAGGGACACCUCCGAGGAGCUGUUCAGAGUUGAAGAGGACUUGGACCAGAUUCUGAACCUGGGGGCUGAGCCCAAACCCAAGCCCCAGCCUAAGCCCAAGCCACCAGUGGCAGCUAAGCCAGUGCUACCCAGGAAACCAGCUGUUCCCCUCAAAGCAGGCCCGUCUGAAGCGGUGGCUGGGCAGCAGAAGCCACAGCAGCAGAUCCAAGCCAUGGAUGAGAUGGACAUCUUGCAGUACAUCCGGGACCACGACACACCUGCCCAGGCCGCCCCCAGCCUCUUCUGACCCACCGAGUGCUGGCCCUGGCCCAGCAGGCCCCCUGUGGAGGUGUGGGUGGGCAGGAGGGGGCACGGUGCCCUACAGGGCCAGGACCUCCAUUCCCAAGGGAGGCAGGGUGGAACCCUGGGUCACGGGACCCACAGCUGCAUUUUUUCCUUUUCUCCUGGGCUGUGGGGCAGAGUGGAACCCGCACAGGCUGCAAAGAGUGGAGGUCGUCUUAGGAAUGAGAGCCCAAGUGUUCUCAGUCUCCGUGGAUGUGGAGGGGAGAGAGUGUGGGGUGCCUUGCCAACAAGGAGCCCAGCCCCAAGGAUGGGUAGGGGCCCCAGGGAGGUGUCACAUGGGCAGGGAAUCCUCGUGCCCUCUGACUCUGCCAGCCCCAGCACAGGAGGGAGGGCCUGGCUGGCCUGGGGUGAGGGGUGCCCAUGACAGACCACCCCAGAGUCUCUGCAGGUGCUGAGCGGGUCUCCCCCAAGAGGGGUAUCAAGCAGGAGGGCCCGUCCGUCUGGAGCGUUCUGACACGAGCCUGUCCUGAGCCUCCUCUGGUUACCAGCUCUAAGAGAAGUCAGGCCCAGCUCUGCCUCUCUGGGGUAUGGAAGGCCCUGCCCUUUCCUUUCCCAGGAAAGGCCCUGCCAGCCAUUGCCUCCUCGGGCCUCGGGGCACAUAGCCCGCAUCCACCAUUGCAGCUCUCAGCAGGUGGGUCAUAGCGCCCCUCAGCUCAGCCUGGGGUGUGGGCUGGGCUUCCAGCUGGUACCACCUCCUACCCCAUGGGGGGCACGAUGCUCUCAGGCUUAUGCUCUGAGGCCCUCACUGUCCUCAGGGUCUAGACCUGAUCUGUGGCCUUUCAGUAGCAGAGCCACCUUCCCAGGGAGCAGGAGCCAUGUGUGCCAGGGCAGGGCCAGUGCCUUAGACAUCUCCCGACUCCCAGAGCCCCCCUGGCACACAGGUCUGGGCACCAUGAAGUGCUCAGGGAAUUCUCUGCAGAUGACUGAUGUUUAAUGGAGCAAAGAAUGUCAGGAGGUCUGGAUAUGUCCUUCACUUUAGAGCUGGUUUUUAAAGAAAUCAACCACUUUUGUUCCUUGGCCCCAUCCUGCCUGGUAGAGGUAUUGGAGGGACUGGGACCUCAGACCCUUUUCCGAUGGACACCAAGAGCCAACCCUGGGGGACCCGGUUGACACUGUGGGUUUUUGUAACCGCCAGCAUCUAGUCCCCCCAGCUCCUGCUCUGUGCCAGGACCUGUCUGCUCUGUCUUGCAUCUUACCAUGUCCCCCACCAGCUCCUAGUCCUGGACAGGCCCCUGCCCUCCCCUCCAUCUGUGCCAGAAUGAGAGGGAACAGUUGGUUCUGGGGCAAAGAGCUGAGUUCCUCCUCCUCCACCCUGGCCGGCCUUCAUAGCUGCUGCCUGCUUCCCAGCCCCCAGCCCCGGGCCCUGCACCCUGUGCUGACGGCAGAGGGGGGCCUCAGGAUGCGUGGCAAGGUGAGGGGCCGAGUCUCCCUUGGGCUCUUUCCCCUCCCCGCCGUCUCCUCUGCAUCCGCCAGCUUUGGGUAACAGGGCAGAGGGCGCAGUAGGGCGGGUGGCCGUGGGGCGGGUCCUCUGGCUGGGAUCCUAGCCUGCCACCCUGGUGUGGACUCAGCCCCUGGGGACCAGCCUCCCCCGUGGCCUGGAGUUCUCUGGACACUCAGUGGAGGUUGUGUUUCCCCAGAUACUGAUGCUCUAGUUGUGGCUCGUUUGAACUGCAGGUCUGUGAUCUACUGGCCAAUCAACCACAGUCGUCAUCCAAUAAAGCCUGUGU